AUGGUGCAUCUCGCUGCUGUCGCAGCGGAGGUGACCUCCGUACAGACGGCACGUCUGUUCGGAGACAUGGUGUUCAAGCACCAUGGCAUGCCCACCGACUUUGUGUCGGACCGGGGCACAGACACCGAGAAGAUUCACGCACAGGCUGGGCCUGAUGCGACUACAAGUGGCGAGUCUGUGCAGGGCACAGACGCGGACAAGACCAAUGAGCUGGACCCGAGGUUCAGCUCUCAAGCAAUGGACUUUGUCCACGAACGACAAGCAGUCGUUCGCUUUGUACAAGACGCAAUUGCAGCUUCUGCGGAUGGGCAGAAGCUGAACGCAGACAAUAACGGAAGAGGCGGUCUGAGCGACAUCGGCCACGCAGGCCUUCUGCAAGAGCAGCAGUUGUCUCCACUCAGCGAACUCAGCAGCCUGAACCGUCGAAAGAGCCUCCACGCAGGCGUGGAGCACCAGAGGACUGUGGUCAACCCGGGGUUGACCAUGUGA